AUGCUGAAGCUCCUCUCCUCCUCCUCCUCACGCCUCCAUCCCCGAGCUCACAUUCAGCCCCAUCAUCAAACCCACGUAAUCAGACUCUGCUCCACAAUCCCCAUCUCCGAAAAUCCAACCUCAAAUUCCUUCAAUCUCCCAUUAGUUUCAGACCUCAUAGCAAACCAACGCUGGUCGGAGCUCAAAACCCAUCUCAAAGACUCAACCUUUAUCACAGUUCUUCACCAACUGCUCGAUUUCAGAGCUGACCCGGAGCUCAUCCGCAGGUACUUGAAUUGGGCCCAGGCCCACAAUGCUCCAACCAAUAUUGAAAUCACUUGCAAGUUGUUGCAGGCACUCUCGAAUGCGAAGAAGUAUCCAAAGAUGAGAGCUUUCUUGGAUGAUUUUGUUAGGAGGAAUGAGAAGCAUUCGGUUUCUUCGAUUUUUCACAUGCUUUUGAUGUGUAAUGAUCAAUUUUGUGUUAAUUCAGUUAUAGUUGAUAUGCUGGUGUGGGCUUAUGUUAAGAAUUCGAAGACCAAUUUGGGUUUGGAGGCGUUUCAGAGAGCUGGGGAUUAUGGGUUUAGGCUGUCAACAUUGUCUUGUAAUGCUUUGUUGAGUGCUUUGGUGAAGGAAAAUGAAUUUGGGUAUGUGGAGUUUGUGUACAAGGAGAUGAUUAGGAGGAGGAUAGCAGCGGAUUUGUAUAGUUUCAAUAUUGUGAUUAAUGGGUUGUGUAAAGUUGGGAAGUUGAACAAGGCAAAGGAUGUUAUGGAUGAUAUGAAGGCUUGGGGUGUUGCGCCGAAUGUGGUUACUUAUAAUACUAUCAUCGGUGGGUAUUGUAAAUUGGGUGGGUUGGGGAAAAUGCAUAAGGCUGAUGCCAUGUUGAAGGAGAUGGUGGCGAGUAAAAUCUGUCCGAGUGAGACUACGUUCAAUAUUUUGAUUGAUGGGUCCUGUAAAGAUGACGAUGUAGCAGCUGCGUUUAAGGUAUUUGAAGAAAUGAGGAGAGAGGGUUUGAAACCCAAUGUGGUUACUUAUAAUUCACUGAUUAACGGGUUAUGCUGUGAUGGGAGGCUUGAGGAGGCUUGUGGAUUGCGGGAUGAAAUGCUUGGUUUGGGUUUGAAGCCAGAAAUAGCAACCUACAAUGCACUUAUAAAUGGGUUUUGCAAGAAGAAGAUGCUGAAGGAAGCUAGAGAGCUGUUUGAUACCAUUUGUGAGCGAGGCUUGGUAGCCAAUGUCAUAACAUUCAAUACACUAAUUGAUGGUUAUUGUAAGAAUGAGAUGGAGGAGGAAGCAUAUGCAUUGCAUAACAUGAUGAUAGAGAGAAGGGUUUUCCCAAACACGUCAACAUUUAACUGCUUGAUAGCUGGUUCGCUUACAAAGGGAAACAUAGAGACAGCCAAGAAGUUCUUACAGCAAAUGGAGGCUAAGGGCGUGAAAGCUGAUUGUAUAACAUAUGAUAUACUGAUAGAUGCAUUAUGUAAAGAUGGAGAGCCAAGAAAGGCAGAAAGACUAUUGAACGAGAUGUUCACAAAGGGUUUGAGCCCAAGGCAUGUGACAUACAAUACUUUGAUGGAUGGCUACUGCAGGGAAGGAAACCUGAAGGCAGCUUUGAACUUGAGGGCUCGGAUGGAGAAAGAAGGGAAACGAGCAAAUAUAGCAACAUAUAAUGUGCUGAUCAAGGGAUAUUGUAUGCAGGACAAGCUUGUAGAUGCGAAUGAACUUCUAAAUGAGAUGCUGGAGAAAGGUUUGAUCCCAAAUAGAACUACUUAUGAAAUAGUAAAAGUGGAAAUGAUGGACAAAGGCUUUGUUCCUGAUAUAGAUGGACACCUGCAUAAUAUCUCUAGCUCUUGACCAUGAAAAUGAGGAAUUGAAAAUUUGUUUCUGUCUUACCGUAAUCAAAGUGUUUCUUUGAUGUAAAGGGGGCAUCCAGCAUCCUUACCCACAGGUGAAGGUGAUAAGUAUCUGAUGAACUAGAAUAGGAGGAAAAGCAUCUUUCAGAUAACCAUUGCGGCACCACUGAUCAUACCAAAAGAUGCACUCUUGUGCCUUCUAUCCCCUCUUCUAUCCUAUUUGUCUUUUGUGGAUGUUGGGGAAUCUUUCAUAUCAAUCCUCGUAUGCCAUGGCUUUCUAGCCUUGAGAAACUCUUUGAAGGAAGCAAACAGGGUGCUUGAUAUGUGUAGUGCAACUCAGCUCCAUUCAGCUUAUAACAAGAUUGUAGCAUAAGAAUAACAUGAGCUGAAUUCAUGCCAUCAUUAAGACAUGUUCUGAAGACUAGUUCUCCUUGGGGAGAUGUUUGAUUAGACACUCGGCUUCCUCUUCUUCCCUUCAUGAGGUUGAAAUAUCUCAGGUUUGACCGUUUCUUCUUUUGGAGCUGUAAUAUCUGGUUCAAACAAAUUCCCAUGCCAAAAUUGCUGGGAAGAGCUAAGAUAUGCAUCACUCAUUUUUAACUUGGGUGGCUGAUAUUAACUAUAGAGUUCUUAUUUGUAAAUACAUUCCCAGUCAAGCAUAAAGAUCUGAAUCUUCAAAUUUUUGUUUCCUACC